UGAUUAAACCAAGUAAUUUGAAAGCUAACGAAGACAAAAAUCAUAUAACUAUUCUACCCAGAGCAAUCGAAACCAAAAACCAAUAAAUUAUCGAUAACGCAACUGCAACCGUAAUUUGUAGAACUGAUCGAAUCGAUAAUAAUUUAGGCAGGCGUUCCAAACAAAGUUCAAAACUAUCCAUACUUGAAAAAUUUUAGUUUAACGCAGUAGUUUGUAUUUGCAAACAGUCCAAAUGUGUGUAUAAGGUAGUUUUGAGAGUAUGUAUUUUUGGUAAGCACAACACACCUUUUCAAAUUCGAUAAAAAAAAUUGAACACAACAACAAGAAGAACAUCAACUAUCCGUAACUGUAAUAAUAAUUAUAAUAAUAGAACAGAAAGAAUUAAUAAUAAUAUCAAGGCGUUAAAUAAGAAAAAAAGCAUUGCAAAUACAUACAACAAGGAAAGUAUAGAGAGAAAGAAAACCACAAUUCAGAGAAGCAACGCGUCGUGUCGCCGCAGCAGCAGCCGCCAAUCGACAAGGAGCUGUUGAAUGAUGUUAGACAUUAAGAAAACCAGAGGAUUCCAUAAGAUUCCAGCGUCUAAACUGCAGCGCGAGGGAAAUACUGCGGCAGCAGCAGUGACAACAGACGGCCAACAGCAAAGAGGCCACAUUAAUAGUCAACAACACCAGCAACAACAACAACAUCAGCAGCACCAGACGGCGUCGCGACACGCCAAAUCCUUGAAAACCAGUGGCGCUGGCGGCGUCGGCAUUGUCCACAAGCAAGCGACUGCUCUCAAAUACGUUGCCAGCAACGGGACCGGACCAAGCGGCAGCAGCGUGCGUGCAGCCGGACACAAUUCAAGCACAGUUGCCGGCGGCGGCGGCGCUGUUAAUCCUGUGCGUGCGGCCAAUCAGCGCUAUUUCUUGGUAUCCAGCUACAAGGAUCCCAGCUUUCUCAAGGCCGAGUGCGACCUGGCGCAUGCCCAGGUGACGCUCAAACAGACGCAAGCUGGCAAAAGCAACAAGCGCAACAAAACGAGCGACGAUCACAAGAAUAACAACCACAACAACAGCAACAGCAGCGGCAACGGCAACAGUAAACUAGCAGCAGCUGCAGCCGCGUUAGCAACAAACGGUGGCAUUGGGGGCAGCGACAUUCCGUUGAAUGACAUGCGUCGACCGACGACGCUCAAUGGCAAUAAAGCGGCCGGCACGAGCAGCAGCAACAGCAACGCCAGUAGAACAACAACAACAAUAGCUGGCGGCAACAAUACAGCCGUCCACAGGAUCGAUAUUAGAUAUAGCCAUAGUCAUAGCCAUAGCCAUAGUCAGAGCCAAAGCAAACAGCAACUGACAUUGGGCCAAAAGGCAACAGUUGGAGCAGCAGCAGUGACAACAACAACAACAGCAGCAACAUCAUCUUCAGCAGCAGCGGCAGCAAGCGGACGACUUGCGGCUGGCAAACUGAAGCCGCUUGUGCUGCAGUGCAAUAACAAUCACAGCGCCAUGAAUAGUCACAGUAGCUACAACAAUAAUAACAACAACAACAGCAGCAGCAGCAACAAUAGCAACAGCAAUAACAACAGCAUGCAACGCCAACAGCAGCAACACGAUGACAUUAGCUACAUUGAUAGCGACGAUACACCGACAAGCACAGCAGCAACAGUUGCUGCUGCAACAGGAACAGCAGCAGCAGCAGCCACAGCAACAACAACAACAACUGGAGCAACAACAUCGGGCCAAAAGUUGGCCAAUAUCUGUUAUUUUAAGCCCAUAACGCCGCCCUUGCAGCUGCGCAAUCAGCAGCUAAGCAGCAGCAGCAGCAGCGGUAGCAGCGGUGACAAGCCAAUUGGCCACCGUGCGAUGCGGCCCAAAUCCACAAUCAUCUCGUUUUCCAAUUCGAAUUUUGCGGCCAGCUAUGAGAAGUUCAACAAUUAUAAGCACACAAAUGGCGAACAGCGGCCCAAGGAGCGGGAGCGGGAGCGGGAGCGUGAGCGUGAGCGGGAACGCUUGGAACGGGAGAACGGCAGCGGCAAUGCCAGCAAUGCGCGUCGCUAUGGCAUCGAUUCACUCAGUAUUAAGGCCUCCAUCGAGAAGUUCAAUAAUCUCAGCGAACAGAAGCGACAGCCAGCGCCGGUGCGCAAUAAUGCAACAGCAGCAGCGGCAACAACAGCAACAGCAGCAGCGGCAACAACAGCAACUGGCGUCGCUGCUGCAGCAGUAACCUCUGGCAGCAGCAGUAAUCUGCAGCAGCGCUACAGCGGCGACAUGGAAAACGCACGCAUCGCGGCCGGCUAUAGCAGCUCCUUGACACGUGCCGCAUAUCGGACCAGCGGCAAUACACAAACAAGCAACUGCAGCGGCAACAAUGCCACGACGGCAGCAACGGCGACCGUGGCGCCCAUGAGUAAAUCGGCCAGUCGCAUUGCCCACAGUCUGUUGGCCAAAGCGACCAAUUCCGAUUGUGCUGGCCAAGCGAUUACAGCGGCGACUGCAUCGCCCAGCAGCCACAAGGUGUCUCGGAAUACCGGAAGCACCGUUCGUUCAGUGCUACCACCUGUCUCGCCAACAUCCAGCCGCUAUUGGGAUCGGGACAGCGGACGCAACAACACCAACGCCACAUCCUCUUCCAUUGGCACAUCAUCGUUGAGCAAUAAGCAUAAUAACCUCGAUGAUGGCUACAAAAGCAACCGGGACGAGAAGUUCGAGGGUCUAUGCGGUCUGAGAAACAUUGGAAACACUUGCUUCAUGAACUCGGUCAUCCAAUGCCUGAGUCACACGACUGAGCUGACGCGCUUUCUGCGCGCACAUCAUACCAGCACGCGCACGGCAACCUCCAAGGAUCAGCAAAUACUACACGAAUUUGCCAAACUCAUACAGGAAAUGUGGACGACAAAUGUGCACAGUGUAACGCCGAUGGAACUGAAGCGCGCCUUUUCGACAAAGCAUCGUAUGUACAGCGAUUACAAUCAACAGGAUGCGCAGGAGUUUCUGCGUUUCUUUCUUGAUUCGCUGCACUCGGCACUCAACAGCGGCGUCAAGGGUGAAACGCUUAACAUUGAUGAUAAUCUCAGUGACAAUAAGAAGGCCGAUCUGACAUGGGAGUGGUAUGCUAGGCAUGAGAAUUCCCUGAUACGUGAUCUGUUUGUUGGUCAAUUGAAGAGCACACUGAAGUGCACAACGUGUGGAAAUACAAGCGUUACCUUUGACCCAUUCUGGGACUUGAGCGUGCCACUACCAUCGUCAUCGCGCUGCAAACUAGAGGCCUGCUUAGAUCUGUUCAUACGCGAAGAGGUGCUAGAUGGUGACGAGAUGCCCACAUGCUCCAAAUGCAAGACACGCCGAAAAUGUACUAAAAGCUUUACCAUACAGCGUUUCCCCAAAUAUCUGGUGAUACAUCUCAAACGCUUCUCUGAAACGCGCUGGAGCAAGCUCUCGAAUAUUGUUGAGUUUCCCACAGCGGAUCGUGAGCUCAAUAUGGCCUCAUAUGGCGCCAACGCAAAUUCGAAUGUGCAUUAUUCGCUCUAUGCGAUCUCCAAUCAUAUGGGCUCGACGGCUGGUGGUCAUUAUGUGGCACUCUGUAAGCAUCCAGUCUCACACAAGUGGCAUGAGUUCAAUGAUAAUAGCGUCAGCGAUGCUAUUCCUGAAAACUGUCUCGUUUCAUCCAGUGCCUAUAUUUUAUUCUACGAACGAGCGUAAAGCUAACUCCCCACAAUUACCUAGCAGUUGAAUCCAAUAAGCAUUAACAACAGCAACACCAAAAGCAACAGCAACACCAUCUUAAGCGGCAACAAUAACAGCAGCAACAACUGCAACAUAAAAUGAAAAAAAGAAGAAAAAUAAGUGCAAUAACAACAGCAAAGUCACAACACCUUAGUAAAUGUUUCGUAGAACUUUGCAAUAAUGCAAACGUGCGUAAAUUAAAAUUAAAACUUAACUAUAAACUAAUUCUUAACACAAAUCCAAUACCAAAUAACAACAAACGGUUAAUUGGACGGCAAGCGUGUAUGACGAUCGUUGGAGGUGAAUGAUGUAUAUAAGAGAUGGCUAAACCCAAAACAGAAAACCAACAAGAACAUAUGAAACAACAACAUUCAAAAAAGAUGAACGAACAAAAAAUAAGAAUUAUAACAAUUUAUGUAACACCGCUUUCGGCAAGCCAAACAACAGCAGAAGCAACAGCAAUCGCUCUAUACUAAACACAAAUAAACAACAGCAAAAACAACACGCAACACACAAGAAACCACACAACACAACAACAAAAUUGUUAUUUUUACCAAAUUUUGUCUUGCAUUUCUCUGGCAUAUAUUUAGUUUGUUUUCUAAGCGUCUUUAACGAAAAUUUUGACCCGUCUCCAUUGAAUAUAUCACACAGAAAGAAAAAAAACGUACAUUAACACAUUGUGUACAGUAUAUAAAUUUAUAUAUAUAUAUAUAUGGAGCGAUUUGCCAAUUCAAACUAUAUAAAACAAUGCAACUAUAUAUAAUUGCCAUUGGUUUGCCGAAAGUCGUGUCAAGUGGUUGUGUAAAAAAGGAAACUAAAUUAAAAAAAAAAAAAAAACAAAACAAAACCAAAACAAAAAACAAGAAAACAAAAACGCUAAAAAACAUUAAAGAAAAUGAAUUGAACAAAUACUAAUUUGAGCAUUCACCAUAACUUGUGCAAUGUAUAUCAGUAUAUAUUUCAUAAAAAGCAACAACAAAAAAUGGUGAAUGAUUAAUCAAUAAUAAAAUAAAAAUAAGGGGAAAAUAGGGGCGCUAAGCAGCGCAGCUCCAUAAACAAAGCAAAACAACACAUACAAAAACACACAUACACACACUCAUCAAAACUAGCAAAAACAAAAAGCUUUUAGCAAAUGAUUAGUUAUUAAAAAAAAACAAAACAAAACAAAACAAAAACAGAAACCUGAGACAACAAAAACAAAUCGUAAAAACA